CGACGUGCUUGGGGGAGGGGGCAGGACGGCGCCAUGGCGGCGCCGCUGGAGCUGGGGCGGCUGGCGCAGGAGGCGGCGGCGCUGGCGGGCGCCGUGCGUGGCUGCCUGGGCCCGCGGGGCGGGCGGGCGCUGCUGGCGCUGCCCAGCGGCGCAGUGGUGCUCACGCGCGACGGGCGGCGCCUGCUCGAGGCGCUGAGCCUGGAGGCGCCGACGGCCAGGAUGAUGGUGGCGAGCGCCUGCCGGCUCCGCGGCGCGACGGGGGACGGCGCCAAGACGUUCGUGGUGCUGCUGGCCGCCGCGCUGCGCGGGCUGCGGGCCGCGCUGGCGGGCACGGGGCGGCGGCGGGCGGCACGGGCGCUGCGGGCCCUGGCGGCCCCGGUGCUGGGGCGGGCGGCGGCGGCGCUGCGGCGGCACGCGGUGCCGGGCGGCGGCGCGGCGCUGGAGGCGCUGCUCGAGGCCUACCUGAGCGGCCGCGUAGGGCCGGCGGAGCGGCGCCCGCUGGCGCGGCUGUGCCGCGAGUACUGCGAGCGCUGCGCGCCGCGGGAGGCGGCCCGCGCCGAGGCGCUGCGGCUGGCGGGCCGGCACUUCGCGGAGCUGCACGCCGCCGUGGCCGGCCUGCCCCUGGCCAGCUCCCGCAUCCUCCCCGGGCUGCUGCUGCGCAGGGACUUCGGCGCCUACUGCCCGGCGCGGGGGGAGCUGGCGGCCGUCGUGGUCACCCAGCCCCUCCACGCCGGCCCGGCCGCCCCCGGCGUCGAGCUGGUGGUCGAGUCGGAGGGGCGGUUUCAGGCCUGCCAGCGCUGGGCCGCCGGGAGGACGAAGGCCGUGAUGAGGCGCUUGCAGAGCAAUAACGUGAAGCUGCUGCUGUCGAGCGUGAAACAACACGAAGUAGUCCUCUACUUUGCAAAACUCUAUGGCAUAUCUGUCGUCGAGUGUUUAUCAUCGGAAGAGAUCGCCCUUGUCCGCGAAAUCACGGGUAUCUCACCUUUUACGCCUUCUUGUGAUGACAUGCAUAGAGAAAUCACCGAAAUUGCAGUGACAGCGUUUUGUCAGCCCUUGCUGCUUGGCUCAGAGAGAUACGUUCACCUUGGCUUCGCCAGCACGUGUGCCUUUCAGCCUCAUUGCCUAAUUCUCUGUGGGCCAGCCCAUGGUGUUAAUGAGCAACAUGCUGCUGCUUUUCAGGGGGCAUUUAAAAUGCUCGAGCAGCUGUUUAAAAGCGUUGAACAGAGGGAGGAGUGUGAAGCGGAAGGUGAAGGCCAGAAUGAAACCUCAGAUAUCUGUGGUUGGCAUUUUUCCGCUACUCAGAAGCAACUCCUAAUAAGAAACGUCUCCUGUAAUGGUAGUCAGGGUUCUGAACAUCAACUGAAAACAGGUAGGGGUGAAGCAGACACACAGAUUGUAGAGUCUGAUUUACAGGGAGGUGAAAAUCCAGCAUGUGUGCAAACGGACUUGCAAAUGUCCUCAAGUCCUGUCUUGCCCAUCAAAGAAUUAAGUGCUCUCACUGUCAGAGAUAGCUCUUCGGGAGAUGUGCAGAAACUACAUCCAGAAUGGAAGCAUCCAGAUGAAGUUCAUAAGAAUUGUAGAAGUGAUUUAGUUGUGGACAAUCAAAAGAAUAGUAGCACUGCUGCAGUGGAUGCAGAUAAUGCUAAUACAGUUGUGUCUGAGCACUUAGAUGUUGAUAAAGAUACAGAGAAAAUUAGCUGUAAUAUAGUUCUAUGUAAACAUGGAAAGAGUUGUACAAGUAGCGGACAGAAUUAUUCCAACUUGAUUGUAGAAGCAGGGUCAGUUUUGCCAGUAGGAGGUAACUUUGAAAUCCUGUUACAUUAUUAUAUUCGGCACUAUGCAAAACAGUGUCAAGAGUCAGUAGUCACUGAUAUAUCUAAUGUAAUUGCGGAUGCGUUGCUAAGCAUUCCUAAGUCUCUGUACAGGACAGCAGAAGGAAACAGCUUUAACAAAUUCUAUCUUAAAGCCAUAGAUGCACUCAGGAAAAAUGAGCCACUGCCUAUGAAUCAGAAAGGCUUUGAAUCAGUGUAUUGUAAAUACCAGUUAGUAAUUUCAGUUCUCAGUUGUAUUAGUGAGCUUCUCACUAUUGACUUAAUAAUUGGUGUUAAGCGGCCGCUGCAAAAAAUUGAGGAUAAUGACUCGGAAGAUGAUUUCUGAAAACAAUAAAGAACUUUUUUGGUUU